AUGUCGAGCAAACGGAAGGCCCAAGAGGCAUUUGGAACGCCGCAAGGUAGCUCGGUAGGCUGCGAACACGCCAAAGUUCCGUCGUCUGAGUCUGAAGGCGAGGGUUCUUCUUCUCCCUCAUCAGCGACAUCCACUCCGGCCGUUCAAUUCUCGACUUACUCCACCAGAUCAGUUCUAGGAAGCAAAGACAGCGGAUUCUGCGUUAGGCUCUCACCUGAUGAAUGUGUUGUGGCCGUUGGCGUGUACGAUCUCUGGUUGAAAACCGGCGUUGUCACAGUCAAUGGCGCUGUUAUCCGUCCCAAAUCCGGUCCCCAUCGUGUCUAUUGUCCCGGCACACAUGCGUUACCUCGCAUUGUUGCGCGAGGCAGAGAUGCGAUUGUCGUGCUCGACAGCUGCGACAAUGAACUGGAGAAGCUGGAGCCUAUGUCACCGAUCUUCCACAAUCUCUGGAAACAUUGGGAAGCCCCGGGAUCGUUUCGACUACUCGACAACGCAAGACAUGACGACCUAGUCCGGCCACUGCAUACGUUGGAAGUCGACAAGCCCACAGAAUUUGCCUUAGACAAGCUCUCAGCGCCUCAUGCUCGCGCUAACGGACGCCCUUACCGUAUCAUGGCGGUUGGAGCAAAGUCUUCCGGAAAGUCUACCUUCAACCGCCUACUAUGCAACACACUUCUGAGCAGAAACAGCGUCACGAAGGUGCAGUACCUGGACCUUGAUCCUGGUCAACCUGAGUUCGGACCGCCCGGAAUCGUUUCGCUCGUCGAAAUUACAGCGCCUAUUCUCGGACCUCCUUUCACCCAUCCCGCAUCGGCUCAGCCUACAAAGUACAAAGUCCUACGUUCUCACGCGAUCGCAGCGACAAGCUUCAAAGAUGAUUCCGCUCAUUAUGUUGCUUGCGUCCACGAUCUUCUUAGACGGGCCAGUAACAAGCAUCCACUUGUGAUAAACACCUGUGGCUGGUUGAGUGGACUCGGCGCAAGUGUGCUCGUGGAGCUUUGCUCUUUGCUCAAGCCUACCAACGUCGUCCUGUUAGAACCAAUCGAUGCCGGCCUGGCAGCCCAACUGCAGGAAGUCGCUACUGACGGCACCAUCUUCGAAAGGCUCAGUCGCCAGCCACGACACGCCAGCAUGAGGACGCCGGCGGAGGCAAGGAACAUGCAGAUGAUGUCGUACUUCCACAGUCGGCAUGUCAGGGCAAACCAGGAGCAGCGAUGGUCCGGCAAACCUCUAUCAGCCGUGCGUGCGUGGAUCGUCAAAUAUGGUGGUCCAGACGCGGGAAUCCAAGCGGUGCUUUCGUACGGCCAAGCACCGAGCCUGGAAUUCCUGGCCGAAGUGCUUGACGGCGCGAUCGUUGCGCUGGUGACGAUUGACCGCGAGCACGAAGCCGAAGCGUAUAAUCUACCAAGGGACAACACCAAGGACGACCACGAAGACAACGCUGGCGGUGCCGCCUCGCCCACCAUGCCUCCCCUCGAACAACACCUCCGCCGCUCACCAGAAGGCCUGCCCUACCUCGGCUCCGACCACAUCGGCUGCUCCACCCCUCUCCACCCAACCCACAGCGCCUGCAUCGGCCUCGCCAUCGUCCGAGCCAUCGACCCCAUCACCAAAGAAAUCCACCUCAUAACACCACUCCCCGACCGCCUCCUAGCCCCACUCGCCACGACCCGACAACCCCUCGCCCUCGUCCGCGGUAGCUUCGAUCACCCGGAUUGGGCCUACCUCGAGGAAUUGCAGAGUAAAGCGCACCAUUUACACGAAGAUGGAUAUUACGACGACGAUUAUUAUUCGAAAGACGAUCUGCGUCGUUGCAAAGAAGAGCUCGAGGACGUGAAGGGAAGACCGUGGGUCAGUAAAGCCGCACGGGCGGGGAUCGAGGGCGCGGUGUGGCGGCUGAGACAUCCGCCUAUGCCUGCGGGGGGCCGGUGA